UUGCCUCCAUACUCUUUCUUCUUUUUAUUCUGUCUUUCACUUUCUCUUCUUACCUCUCUUCAUUCGCUCUGUCUGACUAUCUCUCCGAGAGUCACUCAGCCCGCAGUGCUCGUCUCCCUCACCACCACUACCACCAUCAAUAUCAAUACACACACAUUUGCUAGCUCUCACCACCACUACUACUAUUUCAUCGGCAAACACAGCUUUCCAUCGGUACUAGAGUUGUUAUUGUUAUUUCAUCGAGAAGCCAGCAUUAACGGCCGAUGCGAUACUACUAUAUAGUCACUUAGUAGUUAACAGAUUUGCUAUUGCACCGGCAUAUCAAGUCGGCUGCAGGAAGGCCCUAACUACACGGAGCUAGCUCCACGCGGCUCUUAUAACAAGGAUCAAAGGAGAUUAGUCUGUGUAAUAUAUGAUUAUCGUAGUAAGAAUCGGACAUACUUUGCUGGUUUAGCCUACAUUUUUCAGAGUUGUCUCCCAUGCUGUUCUUGACAAGAAUUAAUCAUUAAGAGAAGCAAGUGACAAAGAUGACUACAAAAAUUGAUCACCUCAUAGCACGGCUCGGCGACCCAGGUCGAUUCCAACUGCUGCUUAGCCUGUUUCUGGGGCUCAACAUGUUCCCUAUUUUUUUCAACAACAUUGUGAAUACAUUCUACUUAUUACAGACACCUUACCGGUGCAAAUCCACCAUUGCUGCUGAAAUGGCUAUGACCUAUAACACCAACUACAGCAGUACCAGUAUUAGUGAUGAUGGAGGAGGAGGUGAUGGAACUGGGGGAGGAGGAGGAGGAGGCAGUUUAACUCUCAACAGCACUGGCACCAAAUAUAUGAACCUGAUCACUCCCAGUGAAGAGUAUGGAGAUGAGUGUUUGCUGAAAGUGAUUAAUGAGUCAACAGGAGCCAAUUACAGCACUACUUGUGAUGUUGGGUGGAAGUUUGAACCAGUGGACAAUGAAUGGACAAUAAUAGCAGAGUGGGAUCUAAUAUGUAACCGUUCCUAUAUGAGUUCACUGGUGGUAACCAUUUAUUUUCUUGGAGUCAUGGUUGGUGGUCUCCUUUUUGGUUUCUUGGCUGAUAAAUUUGGUAGAAAGCCUGUGAUGUUAAUUUGCCUUUAUAUUCCCAUUGUUCUUGGAACAAUUGCAGCUCAUGUCCAACACUAUGAAAUCUUCUCAGUUCUACGUUUUUUAACAGGAAUUUGUAUCCAGGGUCUUCAAACAACUACAUUCGUGAUGACAAUGGAACUGUAUCUAACAAAGUACAGAGCUCGAGCUGGUAUCUUUGUUGCAGUUGUGAUUGGAACAGUUGUUAUGACUUUGGCUGGCCUCGGUUACCUUCUGAGAAAUUGGCGCCAUCUUCAGAUGGCUAUCAGUUUACCAAGUCUUUUAGCCAUCCCAUAUAUUUUCAUAAUUCCAGAGUCUCUGCGGUGGCUUUUGCUACGAGGACGGUUCCCAGAAGCAGAACUUGUUGCUAAACGAAUGUCUAUAGCAAACAGUUUAGAAUUUCCGAAGGAACUAUUCGAUCGUGUAAAAGAAGAGAUGUCAGCAGACGAUCCUGCCCAAAUGACACGGCAGUAUGGCUUUACGGACAUCUUCUCCAAGCCAAACAUUAGAAAAAUUAGCAUUAUUAUGUUCUUGCUUUGGUUUACUGCAGCCCUUGGUUACUAUGGUAUUUCACUAAAGAUAUCAAACUUGGUUGGAAACAAAUACCUCAAUUUAUUUGUUGGUGGACUGUUGGAAUUUAUUGUUUACUUGGUUUUGUUUUGCAUGAUUGCGCGGUUACCUCGGAAAUUCAUCGUGACAGGGUGUUUGAUAAUUGGUGGUGCCUGCUGUAUAACUGCACAACUCAUACCAACAAUCCAAAACAUUUUAUCUUCCGUCUUCUUCAUAAUUGGGCGCUGUGCAUACGCAGGACUAAUGAGCACCCUGUUUGUCUACACCUCAGAGUUAUUCCCCACUGUUGUCAGAAAUAUAGGACUUGGUACAUGCCUAGUGUGGGGACGUAUCGGCGGCAUUUUGUCUCCCCAGAUAAGUCUAUUACACAAAUAUGUUCACCCCUUGAUGCCAUUCCUUUGCCUCGGAGCACUCUCCUUCAUCACUGGUGGACUUUCACUGCUGCUACCUGAAACAAAAGACUCAAAAUUUCCCGAUAACAUCGAUGACCUCGACAUGUCGAAGCCAGUUUACAAUAUCCCUGUAAUCAUAGUUGAUGAGCCGCAAGACACCCCCUUCCAGAACAGCACAAUUGUGAAUGGCACCGGCACCACAAAUGGUACAACGACUGCUAUCCUACCGCCAGAUGUUACAUUUGAAGACACUACUGCAGUUACUGAAGAAAGCAAAUUGAAUAGUUAAAUUCCUACCACCACAUUUUUAACUAAAUCUUCGCAAUCGUUUCAGUAUUAUAAGUAUGAAAUUUCCUAUUGGCAUCAUAUCAUUUUUUCCAAGCUCAUUUUCAGUAAAGAAUUUUGGAUCAAUUUCAAUUACCUGCCAUUUUUUCUAUAACAGAUUCAUCAUAAUUUAAAUUUUUUCUGUGAAAAUUUCAUUU